AUGAUCAGCACAUGCAAUGCGAUCCGAACUUCAUAAUAAUAACCUUGGAAAGUGGGACCCAUUGACAACCUUGGGACCUGAGCGCGAAUUCGUGAUGACGUAGGUUUUGGUGUACAGUCGGGAGCUCCAAAAUUAUGAUUCGAUAGCCCGAGCGCAAGAAUCAAGGCCGACAUCAAUCAUUAACCUUGACGCACUCUUGAAGCUUCUUCGAUUGCUUCAUCAAGAACUCUGAAUCUAUUAAACGCUUGAUAGAGUACUCCUCGACGUGCAAGUCAGCCCACCAUGGCGUCCCAGCUUCGCAACUCCACGAUGUUCACCUAUCUGCCACCUCCGGCCGAGUGUCUCGCGAUCCUCGUUGGUGGCGCUGAAUUCCUCGUCUUCGGCCUCGCAGGGCUCGCCAACGCGCAAGAAUUCGCGACAGCUUUCGGUCUGCCCGAUCAGUCGACCAGCUCGGCCGACGAAACCGACAAAUCUACCGUGACCACCACAUCGACUCAGAAUCGAAAGACUCAACAGGCACUGAACCAAGCUAUUGCAGCACGAAACCUGUCCCACGGCGCGCUGAUUUUGACGUUCGCUCUCUACCUCAGGGACCGUCGCGCCUUGGGCUAUGCGAUUGGAUUCGGCUUCUUCACGACGGUAGCGGAUUAUUUGAUCGUGAACGCAUAUGGUGUGCAGGCCAAAGCCUUGAAUCACCUGCUCGGCGCGGCCAACUGCCUUGCUUUGGGAGGUUCACUUCUGUACUGGGGCAGGAAUGACCCUUGGUGGUGAAAGCUAUAGCAGACGAAGCAAAGACUUGACGAUCAUGGAAUCCCCAUGGGAAUUUGUUCAUCAUGGCGAUGUUCUACGUAAAGCGAAUGUAAUCAUAUGUCAAAAUCACACGGCUCAGGCCACAAUAUGCUAGUCUUAUACGUGCAGCUCGGCGACCUGUGCGUUCACCAAUGCGCUGGCAUAUCUCGACUUGACGUCGGCGACCUUGGUCUUGAUGAGCUUCUCGACAAUUUCAGGGCAACGGCCGAUGAAAGUCUUAGGGUCCGUGAGCGAUUCAAGGUCAGGCAGAAUCGAAGCAAAGUAGGGUGUGUUCCUGAUGCGCUCCAAGAGAUCGUUUGGCUUGCCUUGUUGCUUCACAACAGCACCGGCCUCGUGA